GAAAAAUUGAGCAUUGAACAUUGUCCACAACUAAUGGAGGUACCCUCUAGUGUCCAACACCUGAGAAACCAAAGCGAACUGAUUUUUACAGAUAUGCCUAGCGAAUUCGAACAAAGUUUGGAUCCAAAGCAAGGGUCACAUUAUUGGAUCAUUGAGCAUGUACCAUUCAUCUUCCUGCGUCACAAGGUUCGCAAAGGUAUUUUUGGCUAUGAGACCCACAUUCUCAGUUCUAAGUAUUUGGAGAGAUCAAAAGGGACAACAAUCAACCAGGCUGAUGAUACCAACAACAAUAAUGGCGAUGAUAUCAAUGCUUCAGACGAUAAAGGUAAACAAAUAAUUUCUACAUAGUGAUGCGAAUUGGUAAAUCUGUUGGUAGCGCCAUUUUUUCUUGUGAUCCUCUUUAAUUUGUUUGAAUCUUUCUAUAUCAAUUCCUAGCGACUGGAGUGAACGGAGAGUGGAAACAUAAAGCUGCUGUUGGAUGGAUUUGUGGCUUUUGUUCUGCCACAAUUAAGGACUUCCUUGUUACCCUCCCCCCUUCCCCUACUAUUGUAGUAGCUUGUAACUGUUUGUUUAUCCUGUGAAAGGAUAUGAACAUCUUUGAAUUAUGCCUUUCUGGUUUUGCUAUCUCUCAUUAUUUAGUUAUUAC